UUCUCAUUGGACUGGACAGCCCAGCCAAGCUGUCAGCCCAUGUGGCGUGGCCGGGGAGAGCAUGUCAGACAUUUAAAUUAAAUAGAGAAAGGGAAUCAAAGAAGCGAGAGAAAUUGGAAGGGCUAGGCAGGGAACGGGAAGAGCUCGCGAUUCCUCCCGAACAACUGUAGCACGGGCACAUCACAGUAGCCCUUUUAUUCCCAGGAUGGAGGAGAUUGUUGUAGCCGGGAUAUCGGGCCGGCUUCCUGAGUCUAACAACCUCGAGGAAUUCUGGGAGAACCUCUUCAAUGGGGUUGACAUGGUAACAGAAGAUGACCGAAGGUGGAAGCCAGGUCUGUACGGUCUUCCAAAGAGGAACGGCAAGCUGAAGGACAUCAGCCGGUUCGAUGCAGCGUUCUUCGGGGUCCACCCCAAACAGGCCCACACCAUGGACCCCCAGCUACGCCUCAUGCUGGAGAUCGGCUACGAAGCCAUUGUCGACGGAGGUCUGAAUCCGACGGAGCUGCGUGGCAGCAGGACAGGCGUCUACAUCGGCGUGAGCGGCUCGGAGGCGGGCGAGGCCUUCAGCAGAGACCCUGAGGAGUUGCUAGGAUACAGCAUGACGGGCUGCCAGCGUGCCAUGUUCGCAAACCGACUCUCCUAUUUCUUUGACUUCAACGGCCCCAGCACAGCCAUCGACACCGCCUGCUCCUCCAGCCUACUGGCUCUGGAGAAUGCCUUCAACGCCAUUCGCCACGGCCACUGUGAUGCCGCCCUGGUGGGCGGGGUCAACCUGCUGCUCAAGCCAAACACCUCUGUGCAGUUCAUGAAGCUGGGCAUGCUCAGUCCGGAAGGAACCUGCAAGUCCUUUGACUCCUCAGGAAACGGGUACUGCCGUUCGGAGGCUGCGGUGGCGGUACUGUUGACCAGACGUUCCAUGGCUAAGAGGGUAUACGCCACGAUACUCAACGCUGGUAACAACACUGACGGAUACAAGGAGCAGGGUGUGACGUUCCCCUCAGGUGAGAUGCAGCAGCGGCUGGUACGUUCUCUCUACCAGGAGGUCAACAUCACACCUGACCAGGUGGAGUACAUCGAGGCCCACGGCACCGGGACCAAGGUCGGUGACCCGCAGGAAGUGAAUGGCAUUGUCAGUGUGUUCUGUCAUUCAAAGCGUGACCCACUGCUCAUUGGCUCCACCAAGUCCAACAUGGGCCAUCCAGAGCCUGCCUCUGGCCUGGCUGCGCUGGCCAAGGUUGUGUUGUCUCUGGAGCGAGGUGUGUGGGCUCCCAACAUCCACUAUAACAGCCCCAACACCGACAUACCUGCCCUUAGUGACGGCCGCCUCCGCGUCGUCAACGAGCCCAUACCAGUCCGCGGCGGCAUCGUUGGCAUCAACUCUUUCGGAUUUGGCGGCUCUAACGUUCACGUGAUCCUCCGCCCCCCUGGUUUCAACACACCAAAAAGCUUUAAAGUGCCCCCCAAGACCCCCUCUGUGUCCUCUCAAGUACCCAGGCUCCUCCAGGCCUGCGGCCGCACAGAGGAGGCUGUCUCCGCCCUCCUCAGCAAGGGGAAGGAACACUCGGGCGACGACAACUUCCUGUGUCUGCUGAACGAGGUGUCCGGGGUACCCACGGCCGGGAUGCCCUACAGGGGCUACACUCUGAUUGGCUCCAAGGAUGAUGUCACAGAGGUGCAGAAGACUGAGGCCACGCCCAGACCGUUGUGGUACAUCUGCUCAGGUAUGGGCACCCAAUGGGGUGGGAUGGGCCGCAGUCUGAUGCAGCUGCCAGAGUUCAGGGAGUCCAUCUUGCGUUCGGACGUAGCAUUGAAGGACACGGGGAUGUGUGUGUCCAGUCUGCUCAUGGAGGCAGACGAGAGCACCUUCGAGGACACCGUCCAAGCCUUCGUAGGCCUUGCCGCCAUACAGAUCGCCCAGAUUGACCUGCUCCAGAAGCUGGGUCUGCAGCCGGACGGCAUUGUGGGCCACAGUGUGGGAGAGCUGGCCUGUGGCUACGCAGACGGAUCCCUCAGUCACAGUGAGGCUAUCCUGGCAGCCUACUGGAGAGGGAGGUCCAUCAAGGAGGCUAACCUGCCCCCCGGGGGCAUGGCUGCAGUCGGACUGACAUGGGCAGAGUGUAAGGCUCAGUGUCCUCAGGGUGUGGUUCCAGCCUGUCACAAUGCUGAAGACACCGUCACCAUCUCUGGCCCUGCGGAGGCAGUGAGUAAGUUUGUAGCAGAGCUGAAGGAGAGUGGUGUGUUUGCCAAGGAGGUUCGUAGUGCUGGUGUAGCCUUCCAUUCUUACUACAUGGCUUCCAUUGCUCCCGCCCUGCUGGCUGCUCUCAAGAAGGUGAUCAAGGAGCCGAAGCAGAGGUCUGCCAGGUGGAUCAGCACAUCUAUCCCCCAGAAGGACUGGGACAGCUCGCUGGCUCUGUACUCCUCAGCAGAUUACCAUUGUAAUAACCUGGUCAGCCCUGUCCUCUUCCAGGAGGGCCUCAGCCUGGUGCCUGAUAAUGCUGUGGUGGUGGAGAUAGCACCACACGCUCUGCUGCAGGCGAUCCUGAAGCGUAGCCUGAAGCCCACGUGUUCCAUCCUGCCCCUGAUGAGGAGAGGCCACGCCAACAACCUGGAGUUCUUCCUCUCUCACAUCGGCAAGGUCUACAUGAACGGGAUCAACGUGGACAGUAAGCAGCUGUACCCGCCCGUGGAGUACCCGGUGCCCGUGGGCACCCCGCUGAUCUCCCCCCUGGUGCAGUGGGACCACUCCCAGACCUGGGACGUACCCAAGGCUGAGGACUUCCCUGCUGGUUCUGGAGGGUCCACCUCAGCUACCAUCUAUAACAUUGACAUGAACCCAGAGUCUCCAGACUACUAUAUGAUUGGCCACUGCAUCGACGGGCGUGUCCUGUACCCGGCGACGGGUUAUCUGGUACUGGCCUGGAGGACCCUGACGAGGAGCCUCGGCAUUGUCAUGGAAACCACCCCUGUCACCUUCGAGGACGUCACCAUCCACAGGGCCACCAUCUUACCCAAGACCGGGUCAGUCCAGUUGGAGGUGCGUCUCAUGCGUGCCACCAGUCGGUUUGAGGUCUCUGAGAACGGCAACCUGGCUGUCAGUGGCAAGGUGAGCAUUCUGGAGGACGCUGCUCUGGACUCAUUCCACUCUGAGAUUGGUAAGCCUGUCACCGGGGACAAUGGUGACCCCAAACUGCGCCUGACAGCCCACGACAUCUACAAGGAGCUCCGUCUCCGUGGUUAUGACUACGGCAAGACAUUCCAGGGCAUCCUGGAGUCCAACAAUGCAGGUGACAGUGGGAAGCUGCAGUGGACGGGUAACUGGGUGACCUUCCUGGACACCAUGCUGCAGAUGAUCGUGGUUGGCCUAUCAGGACGCAGCCUUCGCCUGCCAACGCGGAUCCGCUCUGUGUGUGUCGACCCCACCGUCCACCAGGAGAGGGUCACUGAAUACGGAGAGGGUAACAAAGCCGUGGUCGUCCACGUCAACCGUUGCCUUGACAACAUCGUUGCGGGCGGAGUGCAGAUCUGUGGUCUCCACGCCACGGUGGCACCGCGUCGCCAACAGCAACAGAGCCCGCCCACCCUGGAGGAGUUUUUGUUUGUGCCCUACCUAGAGACAGAAUGCCUGUCAGCCAAUGAGAAGCUGGGAGACCAGCUCAAGAACUGCAAAGGUCUGAUCCACAAGCUGCAGAAGAAGCUGGCUCCUCAGGGCGUUAAGCUCUCCAUCCCUGGUCUAGAGGGGGUGUCUGAUCCUGCUGUCCCCAGCCCUGAGUCCGCUGAGCCUGGCUUGCUGCGGCUGCUGUCCCUGCUUUGUGGUCUAGAGCUGAACGGGAACCUGCGGUCAGAGCUGGAGCAGACUGUUGAGAAGGAGAGGGAUUGUCUCCUCCAGGACCCCCUGCUACAUGGCCUACUGGAUGGCCCAGCCCUCAGACACUGUUUGGACACAGCCCUGGAGAACACUACCCCCGGGAAGAUCAAAGUCCUGGAGGCCCUCUCCAACGACGGCCAUCUCUUCUCCCGAGCCGUGCCCCUCCUUAACAUCCAGCCCAUGCUCCGCCUCGACUACGUCGCCACUGCCACUACCCUCGACCUCCUGACCCCCCACCAGACCACCCUGGAUGCCAUGGGGGUCACCUCAGCCCAGUGGGACCCCCAGCAGGGCCCUGUGCCCGGGGGUGCGGUCGGUGGGGCCGACCUGGUGGUGUGUAACCACGCCUGGGGUCCCCUGGGGGCCGGGGCUGAGGUGGUGGUGGGGAACCUGGCCUCGGGGGCCAAGGAGGGGGGCUUUGUGAUGCUCCACACCCUGCUGAAGGGAGAGACGCUGGGGGAGAUGGUGGCAUUCCUCACCUCCAAGGACAGCCAGAACAACCAGCAGAGACUGCUCUCCCAGACUGAGUGGGAGAAAGCCUUCUCUGAUGCGUCUCUCAACUUGGUGGCUGUCAGGAAGUCAUUUUAUGGCUCUGCCUUAUUCCUGUGUCGCCGUCGGUUACCCAGCAAACUGCCCAUCUUCCUGCCUGUGGACAGCAUGGACUACCAGUGGGUGGACACACUCAAGGCGACGUUGGCUGAGCCCUCAGACUCUCCGGUCUGGCUGACUGCUACCCAGGGCCACUCUGGGGUGGUGGGCAUGGUCAACUGUCUACGCCAGGAGCCCGGGGGCAGCCGCAUACGGUGUGCAUUUGUGUCCAACCUGUGUGAGUCUUCUGCGGCGCCCACCCUGCAGCCUGCCCAUAAUUCCAUGCGGUCUGUGCUGGAGGGAGACCUGUGUAUGAACGUGUUCAGGGAUGGACACUGGGGAGUGUUCAGACACCAGCUCAUCUCUCAGGAUCUGAGUGAGGAGUUGACCGAGCAGGCUUACGUUAACGUGUUGACCCGUGGUGACCUCUCCUCGCUGCGUUGGAUCGCCUCGCCCCUCCGCCAUUUUGUGGCGAGCAGCCCCCAUGUGCAGCUGUGUCGCGUCUACUACAGCUCCCUCAACUUCAGAGACAUCAUGCUGGCCACCGGGAAACUGCCACCGGACGCCAUCCCAGGCGACCUGGCCCUACAGCAGUGCAUGUUGGGUAUGGAGUUCUCGGGUCGUGACCCCAGCGGUCGGCGUGUGAUGGGGCUGCUGCCUGCUAAAGGCCUGGCCACCUGUGUUGACGCUGACACGCGCUUCCUCUGGGACAUCCCAGAUGGCUGGACCCUGGAGCAGGCAGCGUCGGUGCCGGUGGUCUAUGCCACAGCCUACUAUUCCCUGGUGGUCCGAGGCAGGCUCCGCCCAGGGGAGAGUGUUCUCAUCCACUCAGGGUCAGGGGGCGUCGGCCAGGCUGCCAUCGCCAUUGCACUCAGCCAGCGCUGUAGGGUCUUCACUACGGUUGGUUCAGCAGAGAAGCGUGCCUACCUACAGGAGCGUUUCCCCCAGCUCACCUCUGAGUCCUUUGCCAACUCUAGAGACGCCACCUUCGAACAGCACGUCCUGCUAAACACACAGGGAAAAGGAGUGGAUAUGGUGUUGAACUCCCUGGCUGAGGAGAAGCUUCAGGCCAGUCUUCGCUGUCUGGCUCGACACGGACGCUUCCUGGAGAUCGGCAAAUACGACCUGUCCAACAACUCCCCUCUGGGUAUGGCUCUCUUCCUGAAGAACGUGGCGUUCCACGGGAUCCUAUUGGACGCCCUGUUUGAGGAGGGGAACAGGGAGUGGGAGGAGGUGUCCCAGCUGCUGAAGCGGGGCAUUGAGGGAGGUGUAGUCAAGCCACUGAGGACUACGGUGUUUGAGAGAGACCAGGUGGAGGAGGCUUUCAGAUACAUGGCCCAGGGAAAACACAUCGGCAAAGUCCUGCUGCAGGUGCGUUCAGAGGAGAAGGGUGGUGGUACUCAGGCGGUGGGCUCGCCCCUCUCCCUCCCCGCCAUCUGCCGUACCUUCUGCCCUGCUUCCCACUCUUACAUCAUCACCGGGGGACUGGGCGGCUUCGGCUUGGAGCUCGCUCAUUGGCUGACGGAGAGAGGCGCCCGCAAACUGGUGCUCACCUCCAGAUCGGGCAUCCGCAACGGUUACCAGGCGAAGCGCGUGCGUGAGUGGCAGGGGAUGGGUGUACAGGUGCUGGUGUCCACCAGUGAUGUCAGCACCCUGGAGGGGGCGGAGCGACUCAUCAACGAGGCCUGCAGGCUGGGGCCUGUGGGAGGAGUCUUCCACCUCGCCAUGGUGUUGAAGGAUGGCAUGCUGGAGAAUCUGACUCCUCAGCUGUUCCUGGAUGUCAACAAACCCAAAUACAACGGAACCCUCCACCUGGACAGGGUGACCAGGAAGCUGUGUCCAGACCUCUGCUACUUUGUAGCCUUCUCCUCUGUGAGCUGCGGCCGCGGCAACGCCGGCCAGAGUAACUACGGUUACGCCAAUUCCGCCAUGGAGCGCGUGUGCGAGCAGCGACGCCACGAUGGCCUGCCCGGAUUGGCCGUCCAGUGGGGCGCCAUCGGCGACGUGGGCGUUGUCCUGGAGACCAUGGGCGGUAACGACGUGGUGGUGGGCGGGACUCUCCCGCAGCGCAUCACUUCCUGUCUGGAGGUGCUGGACCGCUUCCUGUGCGAGCGGCGUCCGGUGAUGUCGAGCUUCGUGCUGGCAGAGAGGAGCGUGGUGAAGAGCAAUGGAACAGGACAGAGAGACCUGGUGGAGGCUGUCGCUCAUAUACUGGGUGUGCGUGACGUCAGCAGCCUAAACGCUGACGCCUCAUUGGCUGAUCUGGGUCUGGACUCUCUGAUGGGCGUGGAGGUGCGUCAGACACUGGAGCGCGAUUAUGACAUCGUCAUGGCAAUGAGGGAGAUCCGACAGCUCACCAUCAACAAGCUCCGAGAGCUGUCCAGGCAACCGGUGGGAACAACAGAGUCCUGUCAGUCUCCAGUGAAGAAGGGAGGAGUGCAUUCUCUGUUGGAGUCGGACCUCAGUUUGAUGCUGGUCAACCCAGACGGUCCCACGGUCUCACGUCUCAAUGAGGUGCAGAGUGCUGAGCGCCCGCUGUUCCUGGUCCACCCUAUAGAGGGCUCCAUCGCUGCCUUCCACACACUCACCGCCAAGCUCAGUGUGCCCUGCUACGGCCUGCAGUGCACUAAAGCUGCUCCUUUGGACAGUAUACAGUCUCUGGCUACAUACUAUGUGGAGUGUAUACGUCAGGUGCAAUCGGAGGGUCCGUACCGGAUUGCCGGCUACUCCUUUGGGGCCUGCGUGGCGUUUGAGAUGUGUUCUCAGCUGCAGGCCCAGGGUAGAACUGUAGAUUACCUCUUCCUCUUUGACGGAUCACACUCCUACGUCGCCGCUUACACACAGAGCUACAAAUCCAAGCUGACCCCUGGUAAAGAGUCUGAGGCAGAGACUGAAGCACUGUGUGCUUUCAUCCAGCAGUUCACUGGCAUAGAGUACAACAAGUUGUUGGAGACCCUGCUCCCUCUGUCUGAUCUGAAGGCCCGUGUCAACAUGGCGGUGGACCUCAUCACCUCCAGCCAUAAGAACGUCAGUAAAGACUCCCUGCGAUUCGCCGCCGCCACCUUCUACUACAAACUCAAGGCUGCCGACGGUUAUGUACCGGCAACCAAAUACCACGGCAACGUCACUCUGCUCCGCGCCAAGGCCAGCAGCGACUACGGAGACAACCUGGGGGCUGACUACAAACUGAGCGAGGUGUGUGAUGGUAAGGUGUCGGUCCACGUCAUCGAGGGAGACCACCGCAGCUUCCUAGAAGGAGAGGGGGUGGAGUCUAUUAGUAGCAUCAUCCAUAGCUCAUUGGCCGAGCCACGCGUCAGUGCCCGGGAGGGUUAGACCAGUCCCGCCCUUCCCAGCCCUCUCCCCCAGUAGCACCAACUUCUGCUAUCCCCAAGCCUAAACCCCAUUGGGCAAUACAUAUAAUGGACGCAACCCCCAACCUAUCAAAGCUUUUAGCUCGCUGCCACAGGGUAUGUUCGCAUGGGAACAAACAAUGUGCUGUAUUUUUGUGCUCUACCAAUAAGGUCCUCACUCUCUUUUUAUUUGUAAUUUAAAAAAAUCUUGUCUCUUUAUCAUGUUUGGAAUGGUAGAAUAAAGUUAGAUGCUCAACUCGGUACUGGUAAUCAACCCUGCUACAACUGGAAAUGUGCUGGCUCAACCCUAUAGCUAGCCUAGCAUGUGAGCUUGGCUGUGUUGCCAACUGACUGUAGCCUAGCCCUAGAUAACCUACCUAGCUGUUGUGUUAUGAUACUGCUCAACCCACCAGUCUGCUAAAGGGUGUUUCGUGAACUUGGUAAUAAAGGUUGUGUGUGUGUGUGUGUGGACUCGGACCCUCUACCUAUGCACAUGCGUGCAUGUUUUAUCUCAUGCCAAACCCUAGCAGUGCCCUAAUGAUGCAGACUAUUCCACGUGUACAUAGCCUCCUGUCUAACACCUGUUCAAGCUCUGUACCUGUUACCAAGUGACAUUGGCUUAGGAGGAAACCAUUGUUACAUGGCUGUCUUUGUUUUGGGGUUUUGUAUAAAAGGGUUUGUUUACCAGCAUUGGUCAUAAGUUAUGAUCCCUAUUUUUGUUGAUUUCAAAGUUGUUUGCAGUGACUGUUUGUAGUAUUGUUACACUGAUCUUAAGGUAGGUUCACACAGAGAAAUGUAUUAGACUUCCCAACGUGAGAACUAAAGGGGUUACUGUAGCAACACGCGGGAAAAUGGCUAAAAAUAUCUGACUGACACCGUAUUUGAUUAAGUUAAUAACUUUUUAACUAUUCAGCUGUUUACUGGAAAUAAGACUCCCUGUAUCUUUCCAUUUAAGAACUGAAAUACUUUUUGAAAACAACAGUAUUCUUCUGGGUUUAGAUCUGGGUGUGUUGCCUUUCCUGUGUGAGUACACCUUUUUAAGAGGACUGAUUGGAUAUCUACAGGUCACAUUUCUAUGAUCUUGGCUUCUUUGACAAAAAAGUAAUUUAAAUUGCUGCUGUUUUAAAAAUGCAUGCUGUUCUAUGUAACUGGCUACAAUGGAUUACUAAUCAUACAAUUAACCUUUGUUUUUAAUUUCCUUCAAUGUUCCUUCAAAAUGUUCUAACAUUCCUGAAAUAUUGUUACAUAAGACUAAUGUUUUGAAUAUUACUGCUGUCCACAUGCAAUGCUUCAAAAUGCUUUGGUACGUGUUUGAAAGGAAAUAGAGCAAUGAAACAUCACUUGUAUGGCACUACCCAAAUACUGUUAUGUGAAAUCUAUGGUGUUCAGGAGGGCACAAUGGAGUAAAAGGCUUUGCAAACUAAAAUGAGGCUUCUUUAUUGGAUAGAUUCAGCUCGUACCUUCCUGUUCCGAACAUUUUCUCCCAUUUCGUGCCCACUGAAUACCAUCCGAUUCACUGUCUCACUGAAAAAGUAGUAGUUGGUCCAAGCUUCCAUUUUGUUUGAUGUCACGUCAGAAUGCCGGUGCCGUUGGGUGUGGAAUCAUUGACCUGAAGAACGGCCUUGUUGUUGAGGAGUAGGUAGAAUUUACCUCUAACCACUGGUCCAGGAACAUAUAUUUUACUGUCCGCCUAAUGGUUCAUGUUUGGACUGUGGGCAGGAUAAUCUGAUCCUAGAUCUGUGGUUUACGAGGCAACUUUCUACCUUCAGCUGUUUUUUGACUCCCAUGACCUUUGCUGACCCCUGAAGUUCCUUCAAGAUCAGGGGUCCAAUCGCAGAAUGCAACAGACUGACCUGACCUCUGAGACUUCUAAUCAGGUCUAUGAAGAGUCAGGUGGCUUUAAUUUGAGCAUGGUGAUUGGCUGCAGUAAAAAGGAGGGAAUUGACAGUGUGCUUUUUUUUGUAGUUUGUUUUUCCCAGUAUUUAUUGUAUUAGUCCAAAUAAAGAGCGAUCACUAACAUCCUG